GGUUGCACAAGUGCGCGGAGUCGGUUUGGGCACGCCAUUGUGGAAGUAGUUACUUUUACAUUACUGAGUCCUCCUCACUUUGAGCCAGCUUUCUUAGUUCGUUCAUUCAGUGUGUGAUAACUACCGUGAAAAAAACCUUCCACAAUGGCUACAGACUCCUGGGCCCAGGCGGUGGACGAGCAAGAAGCUGCGGCGGAAUCGAUUGGCAGUCUGCAAAUCAAAGACAGACCAGAGGAAAACGGGACAAACUCAAGUGGUGCAGCUGCGAAGUCAGAAGUUGAUGGAAACAACAAGACCUCAGAUGAUGAUGAUAAAGAGGACAAAGCAGCACAGUCACUGUUGAACAAAUUGAUUCGAAGUAAUCUUGUCAAUACCACUAAUCAAGUGGAAGUUCUUCAAAGGAUCCAAACUCUCCGCUUUAACUCCGUUAAAUCUUUUGAGGAGCUACGACUUAAACCACAGUUGCUUCAAGGUGUGUAUGGCAUGGGUUUCAACCGACCAUCUAAAAUCCAGGAGACUGCCUUACCUAUGAUGUUAGCUGAACCUCCACAGAAUUUGAUCGCUCAGUCACAGUCAGGAACAGGAAAAACAGCUGCCUUUGUUCUUGCCAUGCUCAGCCACGUAGAUCCCAACAACAAAUAUCCCCAGUGCCUGUGUGUGUCACCUACCUAUGAGCUAGCACUUCAGACUGGAAAGGUAAUCGAGCAAAUGGGAAAACACUAUCCUGAGGUCAAAUUAGUCUACGCUAUCAGAGGAAAUAAGUCGGGCAUGAAGCUGCAGGAACAGAUAGUUAUUGGCACACCUGGUACCAUGUUGGACUGGUGUACUAAGUUCAAGUUCAUAGACCCCAAGAAGAUCAAGGUGUUUGUGCUGGACGAGGCUGACGUCAUGAUCGCCACACAGGGUCACCAGGACCAGAGUAUCCGAAUCCAGAGGAUGCUGCCUAAAAAUUGCCAGAUGCUGCUUUUCUCUGCCACCUUCGAAGAAUCCGUGUGGAACUUUGCUCAGCGCAUCGUGCCUGACCCCAACAUCAUUAAGCUGAAGAGAGAGGAGGAGACACUGGAUACCAUCAAACAGUACUAUGUGUUGUGUAACUGCAAAGAGGAGAAGUUCCAAGCCCUUUGUAAUAUCUAUGGAGCCAUCACCAUCGCCCAGGCCAUGAUCUUCUGCCAUACGAGGAAAACUGCUGGCUGGCUGGCAGGGGAGCUGUCCAGAGAGGGCCACCAGGUGGCGUUGCUCAGUGGAGAAAUGCAGGUGGAGCAGAGGGCUGCAGUCAUUGAACGCUUCAGAGAUGGAAAGGAGAAGGUCCUGGUUACUACAAAUGUUUGUGCACGAGGUAUCGACGUAGAGCAGGUUUCUGUGGUCAUCAACUUUGACUUACCAGUAGACAAAGAUGGUAACCCAGACAAUGAGACGUACCUGCACAGGAUUGGUCGUACAGGUCGAUUUGGCAAAAGAGGACUUGCCAUCAACAUGGUGGACAGCAAGAUGAGCAUGAACAUCCUCAACAGGAUCCAGGAGCAUUUCAAUAAAAAAAUUGAAAAACUGAACACAGAUGAUCUGGAUGAAAUUGAGAAAAUCGCCAGUUAAAAAGGAGUGUGUGAUCGCAUGAAGGGCGCCAACCUGACAUCCCUUCCCUUCGCUCUCUAAGGACUGUGCGCUCCUACAGUGUUUUAUGCUUUUAUUUCUUUUAGAAGUCGGAGAAAGAGAAAACUACAGACACAGCAUUUGUUUACACGUGGACAUGUCUUCUCUCAGAAGAGUGUUUUGUAAGUCUCUGGAACAUACCCCAUUUCACUCUUUGUACUAUUUCAAAUAAAGCGUAUGCGCUUUUCUUUUUUUUUUAUUUUGUGCUGUCGUGAUGCUGCGAAAAGAGGUCAUGUUGGACUAUGUUUUACCGAACACAGAUGGAUUUUCAAGACCUUUUUUGGAGGUGGCACGCAAGCUUAUGUUAAGAUUGACUUAAAUCCUAAUGCAGAAAAAACUAUUUCAUGUGUCACAAAAUUUUAAAGUUGAACAACAAAUGGAACAAAUUUAGAGCUGAAUGUAACUGUAUUAUUUUGACUAUUAAAGCUUUUAUUGUGCUUUGUUAUGCUCACCAAAAUCAGUACAAAGGGUGAACUUGGGUAUGCUGCUCCGAAUCAUUAAUGUUAUUUUACUGAGAUGGUGAUGGUUGGGUUUUAAGGGUCUAUGCAAACUUAUCAACAUGUGAUAGCUAUUAUCAAAUACUAUCAACCUGUAUUCACAUGACAAAUGAAUCCUGAAUUAACCUCAGCUUUAGUGUCAGGGUGUGUAGUUAAAUGCCGACAAGGCUGCUUAGAGUGAUAACACAUGACUAAUUCCAAGUCAUUUAGAUAUUUCUGUGUUUCGCCAGUUAUCAAUCAUCAACCAACCACACUUUUCACAAGCAUGUUAUUUAUAGAAUUUUAAAAACUCCUCCAGCCUUUAUUAUGACGGGCUUGGUGCCACUGCAGAGCAUUAAUCAUUAGUCUUUUUCCUUCAUCAGUCUCACAAAACCUCAAACCUCAUUUUUACUCAAAAUAUAGCCAUUAAGGUCCAAUGUGAUCAUUUUCCCCUUUUUUGUCACUGUCCCACAUAAUCCUUUUCAAUCAGGGUCUCCAGUUUGACUUGAGCUAAGCUACAUUCUUCACCCAGACUGUGCUGUUAUUAAGGAUUGUGAGUUAAAAAAAAUACUCAAUGCCUUCCUCAAGUGCAUUAUAUAUUCAUAUGACUUUGUUACUGAUAUUCUGAGACAUUGGGCUUAAUAUUCUGACUAACACUUGAAAUUUUGAUUAUAUAUUGAAUUUUGAGCGUCUUCAGGAUGUGUGAAUUAUCUUCUUGAAACCAAAUGCUGAAUUGAUUUGCGGACCAGAGGACCUAUGCCAAUCAGAUUCACUGUGUUGCUCAGAAAUGGUCGCAUGGAUAGGAAACAUGUACUUGUGUACAUAUUUAAAAUAUUAGGUAAAGUGUGACUGAAUUAUUGACACUUCUAAGAAGUGAAAAAACAUUCCUCAUGAGGUUCAAUUUUGACAGACACAGCAUUUUGAAUACAGUGAGUCUAAACCAGUUAACCUAGCAUUAGUGGGUGACUGUACAAAUUAAGGACAUGGAAAAGGACGUCUGGUGUGUUUGAUCAAUACGCUGGAACACUUAAGCAGUGAUUGGUCAGUCUGAACCUUCUACAAACCUCAUCUGACUCCCACCGGCACAGAGAAGACUGUCGGUGGAAGUCUGGUUUUAAUGGACUGUUUACGGACAACUUGCUGAAAAUCACUCAUCUCAGUGAGCAGAAGCAGCCAAAUUAGAAGCGAGUGCGUGCUAAAAAUCCAGUAGAAUGAUCUGUGAAGACUUUUAGGUAAAGAAG